AUGAGUACCACCGACUACAAUAACUCACAAGCGUCUGCUACGCAAGAAAAGUCGAGUUUGUCGUUGGACGCCUGUCCACCUGGAACUCCGACCGAAGCAAACAGUCCUGAUCAAGAGGAGCCGCAGUCUUCACUUACUUACAAUCUGCGCCCAAGAAACGACAAGCUCAAGACUGCAACAUGGAAGGUCAAAGAAGCAGGAUCGUGGAAGGAGAUACUACGGCUUGCUGGGCGUGCAUCUCGCAGAGGACAAGGAACAGAACGGCGCUUGCGAGUGGGACGUCGAGUAGGGUCUAAAAUGGACUUUCGUGAUGCUGCCAGUGGUACAGACCACUCUCAAGGCAGCAAACCAUUGCCUGGUUGUCGCCUCAAGGUUGAGGACUUCCAUCAAACAUUCUAUGGCCACCGGCCGGAUGGCUCCCCAGAGUUUAGACAGCGACCUAGAGGCUAA